CCCAUAUUUUUGUUAGUUUCUUUAAACACGACACCUCUUUAAGUGACCAUAUGAUGCCGCAGUUUGGAAAUGACUCAACCAGCUCCGUGGGCGACGUUGUGCUUUUGGAGCAUUUCGAAUCAUGGCGCGAGUUUCUCCAUAAGGACCCCCAAGUGAAGAGAUGUUGUGGGUUUGGAUGGCCGCUGCAGCUAACCGGCGGAGUUUCGUGACCUGAAGGGUCCCGUAAUGCUUGUGAAUUUAUUUCUAGUGGGACCUUUGGUCGUCCAGAUGCGUUUCGCGUGAAUCAUUCUUCUUGCUUGUAAUACGUGGAUUUACUAAUGAACAUAGUAAGAUGAGUGCGUUCAACUUGGCAGACUUGUGCUCGAUCCCGCCGAUCGAGUAAUCAGCUGUGGGAACGUCGCAAAUAGAACGGGGUUCUCCGAGUUGCGGGGCAAACGCUUCGAAAGAAUUGGUCAAUGAAUAGGAGAUUACUCUUCCUGUGAGACGCCUACAAAAGCCGCUGGAAAUCAGCUGGAGUUGACUACGGCCAGCUGGUGUUAAAAUGUGGGAAUUUAUCGACUUGAUUUUCGUCACGCUUUAUGACUUCUUCCGGUCAUGGAUCAAAGGCUUCAUGCGACGGCUCAGCAAUCUCUGUGAGCUCCAACGAAUUUGCUACGGAACAACAAGUGGGUAUGAGCGCACAAUACGAAUCGAACGCUCUCUGGAGCAGUCUCGUCAAUUACAGUAUGUAUACAGAACUUUGAUUGGAAUCGCCGAACAAGGCCGGUACACAGAAGCAAAUAGCGCCAACGCAGUUGAGGCUGCUGUCUCAGGCAUAGCUAUUAUCAAAAAGGUGAAGCCAACAAUACACCGUGAAUUCGUUCGAUCACUCCGAUUUUCACUUAAUCAUCUAUGUUCGUACCAGCAGUUAAUAUUUGAAGCAGUGCAUGUUAGUCGUAUAUCGUUUGACUCAAAUGACUCGAAUCAUGUGAAGAAGCUUAAGCUGCUUUGGAAGGGCCUUCGAGACGACGUCCUAGAAGAUCUUGUAUCAAAACAAUGGCAGGACAUCGGCUUUCAAGGUGACGAUCCACGGACGGACUUUCGUGGAAUGGGAAUGCUAGGACUCGAUCAACUUGUGUUCUUUGUUACUCAAUAUAACAGCCUAGCGAGACACGUGCUCAACCGUUCGCUGCAUCCGAAGUUUGGAUAUUCGUUCGCAAUUGUCGGAAUUAAUCUUACUGAUCUGAUAUUUAGACUUCUGAGGCAAGGAAAGUUGAAAACGCACCUUUAUAAUGCGAUGCGAACAGUAGUUGGCAUGGAGGACUUUCACAAGCUGUACUGUUAUGUGUUUGUCGAGUUCGAUCGAUUGUGGCUAGCCGAAAAACCACGAGACAUUAUGGAGUUUGGCAGAAUCCGGGAUAAGUUUGAGGAGCAGCUUGUUGAGAGGCUUAAACGUGAGGAUUGUGUUUUAAACAUGGCCGGCACAGUGGAAACGAUAUAAUAAAUUUAAUAUACGAUAUAAGAAUACGUUCAUCCGCUUAGAGGAUGUUUUGGGCAUAUAAACUUACAAGGCAUCCCGAGCUCUGCCAUCGGUGUACUCAGUAUAGAAGGAAGCAGGAAUACUGCUUGUCGGCUCCAAGACGCUUUCACGUGCUGUUUAUUCUCUGCCCAUGCAAAUAUAGACAACGUGUGGACAGACUUAGUGUUCUCUAGUUUAAUGACGUGUACAGUUUAUUUUCCAAUCAAUAUGUAGAAUCUGUUCAUAUGUGUAUGCUUCACCUAUGUUUGAACUGUGUUGUGUACUUUGUAUAUGCUUAGUACGUUUAUUUGCUUAGUACAUUUAUUUAUGAAACAAGACCGAGCACUGAAUAUCGGUUAAUCGUCUCUUUGUACGCGAUUGCUUUCACAAAGCGUUAUUGGACAAUGUAUAAGAGACCUUACCUUGCAAAGUAAGAGCUCUUACACGCCAUACAUGUUUGAUAGCGCUUUGUGAAAGCAUAUAUAUAUAUAUAUAUAUAUAUUAAC